UCAAAAAUCAUUCAUUCAAAAACUGAAGCCAAACAAAUCCUAAAUUUUCAAAUUCGUUUGCAAUCUUUCUCUGCAGUCUCGUCUUAGCUUUAAUUCAAAGUUCCAAUUCGAAAAUGUCUGGUCGUGGCAAGGGAGGAAAGGGAUUGGGCAAGGGAGGUGCGAAGAGGCACAGGAAAGUGCUUCGCGAUAACAUUCAGGGCAUAACGAAACCAGCAAUUCGGCGAUUGGCGAGAAGAGGCGGUGUCAAGAGAAUCAGUGGAUUGAUCUAUGAGGAGACCAGAGGAGUUCUCAAGAUAUUCUUGGAGAACGUGAUUCGCGACGCUGUGACCUACACCGAGCACGCUAGGAGGAAGACGGUUACGGCCAUGGACGUGGUGUAUGCCCUGAAGAGACAGGGAAGAACCCUUUAUGGUUUUGGAGGCUGAUUCAAUGCUUUGAUGAUUUCUUUUACUUUGAAAUAAUCUUAUGAUAUAAGAUUUGCUUGUUUUUAGGAAUCCUUGUGAUUUUCUUAAUGUAUACAACUAUUUCCCCUUUUGUGAAAUGAAAAAUAUCAUGAAGAAUGUCAGUUGAAUGUAAUGCAGUAAGGUUUUGGUGUAGUUCAUUCUUUUAAUGGUUUGUAUCUAU